AUGGACAGCAGACUGAGCCAACCAGAGAGAGCCGCCUUUAACUUUGCUGUCUGCACAGGGGGUUUUGGUGUUGCAUGAGCGGUUUUCGUGGUGUAAAUAGCUCGGUCUUGUUUUCACGGUGUAAAACGUUUGAGUGGGGUCAGUGUACAGUUGCUGCCGUCGGCGAUGGUGUGAGGACCCGCCGCUGGAAGGAGGAUCUCUGGGUAAAAAUGGGGAUUUUUCUCCUUUUGCUGUUCUUCGCUCCGGUCAGCGGAGUUUUUGAAGGAACAUGUCCCAGAAAAGACCCUCCUCCAGGUGUGUUGGUCUUAUCGCCGGGCUGUAAGCUGUUUCUGACCUGUGGCGGUCAUGUGAGGGUGGAUGGUGUAAAGAUCAGUCUGAAGGGAAGCAGCUUAAACAUCAACAAAAGGGAUGGUUCUUCGAACGGGACACCAGCCGCUCCAAAUGAUAUACAAAACAGUGCAGUUUCAGUCAAAAGUGAUGACAGUUCUCUGAAGAAUGUAAGUGAGGGCUACAGCCCUCAUUUCACGGAGGCAGGAGGAAACAGAAGCCUCAUAUAUUCAGAUGCAGGGUACACAACUUCUCCUCACAUCGUCCAGCCAACCAGGGCCACUCGAUCGCUGAAGGACGAAUCUCAUUGGACCACUGGAGAAACAGAUGUUGAAGAUGACUAUGAGGAGGAUGAAGAGGAUGAAGUGGGGGAAGGAGUGAACCGGGUAACAAGGGGGAUAAAAGUGAUGCCUGAGUGGAAGUGGAACACGAUGACAGUGGGGACAGAAGACAGGGACUGGGGUGAAAUUAAAUUUGGGAGGAGUGGGACAACGCUAACUCUCGCCUCACUGAGAAUGGAAGACUCUGGAAAAUACAGUUGUCAUCACAAAGGCAAAGAAAAGUUUAGCUUAAAGGUGAUCGUUGCAGAUUCUCCUGAGCCUCCCAGUCUGUUCUGCUACAAAAAGUCGCCCAGUAGUAAAAUCCGCUGUGAAGGAAUGCCUCAGAAAGCCGCCAUAAAGCAGCCUAGUUGUUACCUCUUGCUGAGUAAAAAUCCAAGAGAGAAAUUCAAGCGAGUGUCAUGCUCAUACUCAUCUCGGCUCUCUCGCUGUUGGUGUGCUCUGGACCACAUUGAGGAUGAUCGGAGAACCCCUCACCUGGUCUACAUGUGUGUGACAAGCAUCACAGGCAAUGUCACCAGCCCCCUUAAGUACUUUACACCAUUAAAAAUUUUAAAACCAGACCCUCCGUCAAAUGUGUCAGUCCGACAGGAGAAAGGAAAGAAGAACAGGCUGACGGUCUCCUGGAAUUUACCGACAUCCUGGAAGGUGCAAGAUAACUUCUAUAAAUUGAUCUAUGAAGUUAAAUACAACCCUGUCAAACCGUCAAUUGGCAACGAACAGGUACUGCCAGUUAAUGGCCAGCGGCAAGCAACCAUCACUGAUAUAAUGCCUGGUGUUGACUACCUGAUACAAGUCAGAGCUAAAGAGGAAUUUGAUGGACAAUGGAGUGAAUGGAGUCCAUCCACCUAUGCUAAGAGCUGGACAGAGAAGCCUCAGCCUCCGUCAAUCGUGUCAGCGACGUUGGAGGAAAGACAGGAUAUGACGACGAUGAUGACGGUGUGCUGGAGUUUACCGACAAACUUCGAGGAGCCACACAAUUUUAGACUCAUCUGUGAGAUCAAAUACGGGGAAACAAACCUCUCCUUUCACAGCGAAAACCAGUUUGAAGGAGAGGGCUCCUACACCAUCGUAGUGACUCCUACACCUGACGUUGACUUCCUGAUACAGCUGAGGUGUAAGGCAGAACAUGAUGGUCAGUGGAGUGAGUGGAGUAGACCUUAUCCUGUGAGCCCCCCAACGGGUUCAGGUUCAGGUUCAGGUGAUCAAUAUCCAGAUGAUGAUCCCACAAAACCUCCACCAAAACCUAAAGAGUGGCCACAUCAUUUGCUGUGGAUAGUUGGUUUAUUCGCUAUCUUGUCUGUCAUUUUGGCCAUCUACACUUUCGGGCACAAGGACAGAUUUAUCUCUAAACUGCACAGUCUUUAUUUCACCACCCUCUGUGAUGACUCAUCUCAACCUUCGCCCUCUGUCCCGGUUGCCCCAGAAGGAGUAGCUUUGGUGACCUUUGUCCCUACAAAGAGCAACAAAGAGCACCCACCAAGUGAUGAAAACGAAAGUGAAGAAAAUGAGGAACAAAAGCCUUUGAGAGAGAUGACAGACGCCAGGCACUUCAACAACACAAGUUAUUUCUUCCUCCAGAGGGAAUGAGAGCUGUGCAGAAAGAAGAAUUAUAGGCAGAAAAUGUGGCAACUUAUACUGUUGGACUGUUUUCCAGUUCCGUGCCAGUUUUAUAGAUGGCACGAUGUUCUCCACUGAACUUUAAGAAGCAAAGUCAGAAGCAGCUUUCUGACUUUGCUUCUAUCUGUCUUUAUCUAUCUAACUUUAUCUCAUACCUAAAAUACCUCUUAAACACUUUUUUUGUGUGACUGGUCCAAAGAGUUGCCCUUUACCUUCUCUAUCCUACAUCAUCCAUCCAACCAAGAGGCAGGCUACACCUUGCACAGGUGGUCAUUGUGUCUCAGAGCUAACACAGAGAGACAGACAACCAUUGACACCUACGGCCAAUUUAGAAUCACCACCUAGCCUGCCACAGGGAUA